UUCAUUUAUUUUCCUCCAAAUCCCUAUUCCCAGGAUGGCCGGAGGUCCCCAUCCCAAGGGCCCACCACUCCACAAGCCAUCUUCUUCCUCCGCCCCCAGCCGCAAAUCGCGCUGGGAAUCCUCCGCCAACGCCGCCGCCCCCACCGCCAACCCCAGCAACACCACCAUCACCAACAACAAAAACCCACCCGAUCCCAAAUCCUCCAAGACCAAAACCGGCCCAUCCCCAAAACCCAGCCCCGCCCAUCCCAAGCACCCGCCUGGCCCCUCUCCCGGAACCGCUCCAUUCCCUUUCUCCGACCCGGCUGCUUUCGGCCCACCACCUCCCCCGGUAUACGAUUUCCACAUGCUCGAGCGCCGGACUUUUGUUCUUGCCGAUGGUAGUGUUCGAUCAUACUUCGCUCUCCCACCCGAUUAUCAAGACUUCCCCCCGCCCGUGAACCCGCCUGGUCGGUUCAUGCCAUUUGGUCCCGAUGGAUCGGGCGGGCCGGGUCCGGAUUACUGGAAUUCGCUCGGGCUCGACGGGCGUGGGCCUGCAGAAGGUCCCGCUAAGAGGAAGUACAGCGGAGAAAAGGAGCAGAGGGAUAAGGCAGAAGAAUUGGCAAUGCGUCGGCAGCAACUUAUGCAGUAUGGUAAUCCAAAUGGGUUUUCAGGGGGUCCCGGAGGAGGUCGGGCAACGAGUAGUCCCUUUCGGCGGGAAGUGGGCGGCGAUGAGGGGAGGGCUAACAAAUACAUGAGGGUUGGUGGUGGUGGUGGAGGUCAUGAGAGUGUGGGGUUUAGGCAAGGCGGUGGUGGCGGAGGUGAGAAUGUGGGUCUGAAGCAUCUUCAAGUUGAUCAGACUGCGUUGAAGAAGGCGUUUCUUAACUUUGUGAAGCUGAUUCAUGAGAACACGCAGCAGAGGAAGACUUACUUGGAGGAUGGGAAGCAAGGCCGUCUGCAUUGUCUUGCUUGUGUCAGGUCCUCUAAAGAUUUUCCGGAUAUGCAUAGUCUCAUCAUGCACAGUUACAACUCUGAUAGUGCUGACAUGCGUGUGGAUCACUUGGGGUUACACAAGGCUUUGUGUGUUCUAAUGGGGUGGGACUACUUGAAGCCCCCGGAUAACUCAAAAGCGUAUCAGUUUCUUUCUGCUGAAGCAGCAGCAGCAAAUGUGGAUGAUCUGAUUAUGUGGCCACCUGUGGUGAUAAUUCAUAAUACAGUUACAGGAAAGAGUAAAGAUGGCCGCAUGGAGGGUUUGGGCAAUAAAGCAAUGGAUAGUAAUAUUAGAGAUCUUGGAUUUGGAAGUGGGAAGUCGAAAUCCUUGUACGGUAGAGAUGGUCAUUUAGGUAUGACUCUGGUUAAGUUUUCCGGUGACGAAGCAGGCCUUAAGGACGCCAUUCGAAUGGCAGAGUUCUUUGAGAAGGAAAAUCAUGGACGCAGGGGCUGGGCUCGUGUACAGCCCCCAAUGCUCGGCAGUAAGGAUGAUGAAAUGAAUUCAAACCUUGUGAAGUUUGACGAAAAGACGCGGGAGAAGAAGAGGAUCCUAUAUGCCUAUCUCGGAACUGCUUAUGAUCUUGACAAAGUGGAUUUUGACACAAGAAAGAAGGUCGUGAUUGAAAGCCUUCGGGAACACAAAUCAUCCAAGUAGAUUCCUGAUCGCAUUCAAGGCAUCUCAUGGCGUCGUAGGUGAUGGAAGCAGGUGUGUGCAAUGCUAAUAUAUGGGCAGCAUUCUCUAAUGUCGCAAGGCAUGAAGACUGUCUGAAUGCCCGCCCGAUCAUUCUUGGACGGAGUUUUUGCCGCUACAGGUUUGCUGUAUGGGGACAUAAAAGAAGAGAAUUCAGUGUAGCAAAAGGAUUUAGAGUGUUGUGCUUGUAUGGUUUCUGGACUGAACAAAUUGUAUGACAGACAGAGAGUCACAGCAAGCAAAUGAUUGUUAACUAACUUUUUUGGGUGAAUAGUAAUUGUCUUAUUACUAA